AUGGAUGGCGAGUGGGAUUUGCAUGCGGUGGUGAGGAGCUGCAGCACCGCAGCCGUGAAGGCAACCACCGUGGAUGAUUACGACGAUGGUCGUUCUUAUAAUUUGGAAAGUUUGGCCUCUGGGAACGACGGCAACCCAUUUGUCUAUCCGACUUUUGGUGAAAACGCAAGAAACAUUUCCGGCGGAUUGGAGGAUGUCUACAAUGCAGGGUGUGGUCGGCGGCAGCCACUACCACCGACCACCUCUGCUGCCGCCAUUGAUAUAGACGGAGAAGGAUUUGUUCAUGAGCAAAUGCCGAUGUUGACAGAUUCUCAUUCGUUUUCAAUGCAUGCCAUGAAUUCUCAAUCUACACGCACCAGAAAGAGAAAAAACCAAGAGAAGAUGGUGUUUCAAUUGACACAAGAGGAAUUAAACAAUGAUUUGUGGGCAUGGAGGAAAUAUGGCCAAAAACCCAUCAAAGGCUCCCCCUAUCCAAGAAACUAUUAUAGGUGUAGCACGACGAAAGCAUGUGGGGCAAAGAAACAAGUGGAGCGUAACCCGAUGGAUCCGGCUAUCUUUAUCGUUUCAUACUCCGGCGAACACAUUCACCCUCGACCCACUCACCGGAGUUCUCUAGCCGGUAGCACCAGGAGUAAUAAAUUCAAUACGGACAACAACAAACCGCCUGCCGUCAUUCUAGAACAUCCUCCGUGCUCUUCAUCUUCUCCGGCGUCUGGUUCAAGUUUUUCUCCGACGACGUCUUUCAAGGAAGAUGAAGGUGAAAUCAACGACGAAGAUGAAUACAACGAAGACAUCCUCAUUAAUCCCAAUAUUGUCAUGAAUGAAGAAGUAUUAAAGAGGUUUCGAAACCUGAAUGGUGGUGGCGGUGGUAGCUUUUAG